AUGGGCAUUCUCUAUCACAACGCUAUCAUGUUUGGAGCCAUACAAUGGGGUGAUAGCACAGUCAUUCAACAAGUGCUCUCCAUGGAGUACCCUGUCGAUGUUUUAUUUCGAUUGGAUCACCAUCGGUUCUCUGAGUGGGAUUUGGCACCGAAGUUGUACCCGCCCGGAGAUAAUUGGACUUGGUAUUUGACACCUCUUAGCGCCGCAAUUCUGAAAGGCAACAGAACAGCAAUGGACGCUUUGAUGGCUCAUGGUGUACAAGCUGUGCACUUCAACUGCCAGCUUACAUCUUACCGAACUCUGUUUUUGACUGAGAACGACAGGAACAUGAUAACACUGACCCCUCUUGCUGCUGGCGUAAUAAGAAACGAUAUCCCUUUGGUUAAAGCGUUGUUGCGUCUAGGUGCAGAUCCCUUCGACAACGGUGCUCUAUUCGUGUGCGCCGUGCUCGACAUACCAGACGUCGCUGCCCUGCUGCUUUUCGCCAUCAAGAGUCGAUACCCUGACGACCAAAGAUCUUUUGGCUAUGACGCCCUCUACCAGAUCAUACGUCGUAACAACAUGCGGAUGCUCAAGCUCCUCGCAAACGACUACAACAUCAUUGGGCCUGUCCAAGAAGACCGCGGGCCAUUGACUUACCCCGAUCAGCGACCUCGACCUAACACUAUGUUCACCACUCCCCUUGGUGAAGCGGUGCGUCUCUAUGCUGAAAGCAACGGCGUUGACGAAGCGCUUGACUUCUUCUUGUCUCAAGCCCAGCACCACAAUGCUGUUGUAUUCCGAGACUUACGUCGCGGUAACAUGACCUGUGUACUCUACGCCAUCUUUCUCAAUUCUUUGAAGACAGUUCAGAAGCUCCAUCAAAAGGGCGCGAGUAUGUUCCCCCCAGCUCAAAGGAAUAUAACCCGAACGCAACUCCAGGCAGCAGCGGAGUCGGGGAGCACAGACAUCGUUGAAUACCUCCUAAAUCAAGGAGUCAGUGCAAACGAGCCUCCCUCAAAACAGGCAGGGGCGACAGCCCUCCAGUUAGCGGCGAUCACAGGAAACGUCAACAUCGCAACUAUGUUGUUAAAGGCAGGAGCCGACAUCAACGCCCCACCAGCCUUUUUCAAUGGCAGAACAGCAUUUGAAGGCGCCACAGAACACGGUCGUAUCGAGAUGAUGAUCUUUCUCGUUGGCGAAGGCGCCGAUCUACUUGCCAACAACAACGAACAAUAUCGACGCGCUAUCGCAUUUGCAGAAGAAAACCUGCAAUACGCUGCGAAAGCUCUCGCAGAUGACCUGUAUGCAAAGGUCCUGGUGAGCCAACAAGCGGGAUUCAUCGGCAUGAGUGAGCCAUGGGCUGGAUCUGAGAUGCCGGAUUUUGGGGCCUUUUUCCCAUGA